ACCCGAGGCCGUUUAGCAUCUUGGAACUAGCAGCUACCUUAAAAUGUCUGCUAAAGGUUCGGGAUCAUUUAAAAACCGCAAACCUGAUAUUUUUCAAAGAUCACAAAGAAAAGAUGAGAAAGGCAGUGUUCACAGUUCCUCAGCAGUAGUAAUGGCCUUUAAAGAUUUUCAAAGUGAACUGGACGCAAGGCAUGAUAAAUAUGAACGACUUGUGAAACUUGGCCGGGAUAUAACGAUUGAGAGCAAAAGGACAAUUUUCCUGUUACACAGAAUUAUGAGUGAUCAUAAUAAAGAAGAUGUAUUGUCUGAAGCAGAGACUAAAUUACUUACCGUUCGUCAAAAAAUAAGAGAAAUUGCAGAGGAGUUGGUGGGAGAAGAUAUGUAUCAGUAUCACCGGGCAUUUACACCAGGUCUUCAAGAGUAUGUUGAAGCUAUCACUUUCAAACAUUUCAUUGAGUCCAGAACACUUGUUACCAUCAAUGAAAUUAACAAGCAGUUGAUAUUUGAAGGCUUGGAAAACAUGCCUACAAUAACAAGAGAGUCAUUUUGCAGUAAUUUAUCAUGUUCAACUGAGAACGACCAUUCAAAAAUAACUGCAUUAAGAAUCCAAGUUACACCUGUGGAUUACCUACUUGGGGUAGCUGACCUUACUGGAGAAUUAAUGCGUUAUUGUAUAAGUAGUGUUGGAAACGGAGACAUUGACACACCCUUUGAGCUAAGUUGUUUCCUGCGCCAGGUCUUUGAUGGAUUCGCAUACAUUGGCAACACUGGGCCAUAUGAAAUUUCAAGAAAGAUCCAUGUUUUAAAACAGAGUCUGUCAAAAGUUGAGAAUGCUUGUUAUGCAUUAAAAGUGAGAGGGUCAGAGAUUCCAAAACAUAUGCUUGCUGAUGUGUUUUCUUUCAAAUCAGAGUUAAUUGAAAUUGAUGACAGAAUUUAAAUGGAUUCUCUUGCAGUAAAAAUCAUUCUUUGCAAGAGGGCUGUAUAAUAGCAUAAGCUUGUAUUUUAUAUAAAUAAGUACAUUUUACACCUGUGCUGCACAUUUCAUAAUAAAUGUCUUGUUCUACUGAA